CCUCGCCCUCUGUUUUGUGGGAUGCUCGGACUCCGUGGAUGGAUGAGUCCUCGCAUCGGAGUCACCACCAUUACAUCAUCCAUCCCCACACACAGCCGAACCCAAAACUAGACCGUUUUAAUAUUUAACCAGGAUCUCGAGCAUUUCAAGUGAGGAGCAGUCAGGUUGGUGUUCAUAAAGGACGCUUGUUGGAUUAUAAAAGCACAUCAACCAUGUCUGCGGGGAUGAUGGCGUUUCAAUGAACGGGGAGGAGAGGAGGGGGAGAGGAGGAGAGACGUGCACCGUCAUCAGCAUCUGUCCGCCAGCUCCCUUUGUGUUCACCGGAGAAUGUGAAUGGCGAAAGAUGACAUGGCAGAGGUAGAUUUGGCAUCAAACGGAGCGGAACCCCCCGGUGAGGCCUCCUCGGCGUUUCCCUACGAGGAGUACGAAUGCAAAAUCUGCUACAAUUAUUUCGACCUUGACCGCCGGGCUCCUAAGAUCCUAGAGUGCCUGCACACGUUUUGUGAGGAGUGCCUGAACACGCUUCACCUCCGAGAGGAGCGGCCAUGGCGCAUCAGCUGCCCCGUCUGUCGCCACCGGACUCCGGUGCCAGAUUAUCGGAUACAAAACCUCCCCAACAACACCAAGGUGACGGAGGAUUUUCCGCUCUACAUCGACUCGGACCCCCUCCCUCAGGACGCUUUGCCGCCGUACCCUCCCCCGCUGCACCCUGCUCUUGUCGCCCUUCGCCGGGAGGAGGCGUCGGGCACGUCCAGUACGAGCCAAGCGACCCCGUCCACCACUGUGUCCACGGCCACGACCCUCUCCCAGGACUCGGUGCGUUACGACAGCUGUCAGAGCUGUAAGAGAGUGGCGCUGACCACCGGCUGCGUCUGCGUGAUUUUCUCCUUUCUGUCCAUGCUGGUGUUGCUGUUCAUGGGCCUGAUCUUUGUGCACAGUCACAGUAAUCCUCCCUCGCCGGCGGGACCCAUUUGCCUGUCGGUAGCCAGCAUCCUGGCCAUGUUCUCUGUGGUCGUCACAUGGCUCAUCUGCUGGCUCAAAUACAGACCGGACCAUGAGACCGGCCGCUCAUCCGCCACCAGUAACUCCCGGAGAAACGCCUGAUGCCCACUGUGACUGCUGAUGGAGAUGUUUGUACUGUGGGUGUGUUAUUCUGUACAUAGUACUGACAACUGAUACUCCUGCUCCCUUUACUUUUUCUAGGAAUAAACAUCGCCCAAAAUGGCCUUUUAUCUGUUAUAGCAAGCACCCAAAGGCCUUCAUGUUGUUUGGAGCAAUAGGCCAACAUGAUCCUUGGUAAUCUUUCCUUAAGUUACACUUGAAAUUGCAGUAGGCCCAGUUGACUGGGUGUCUCGAUUCGUGAAUUUCUCCAAGACUUAGACCCCUCGGUGUUGGGCUAAGCUGUGGUUGGUUUGAUGACUGUGAAUGUGAAGUGCUUAUCUCCAGGGUUUGAGACCCUCCCCACCUAAUCCUGCUAAUUGAUAUGCAUAUUCCACUAUGCCACUCACUGUAUGAUAAAUGUCCAUAUCACUCUUAUAUCUCAACAAAGCACUAUUGUAUUGUACAGGCAUUUGGCAGUGUUCACUCCAGGUGGAUUUUGGUAUGUUUAUGGGGGAAGCCUCUUAAAAAGACAUCGUAUCAACAGUCCAAACUGUAAAUAGUCCACAAGUACAGAGGACCGGUGAGUGGAUAGGUGUGACCUUCUCAAUGUGUGUCAUUUAACUUUUCCUGGAAGGCACUGUUUCUGCAGGUUUUUCUACUCUGCAAAGCUCAAAGGGAUGUUGAAAGAGAUAGCUGAGUGAUUUUGCUGAUGAUUUUGAACCUGUUUUUUGGCUCCUUAUUUGUGCAUGCUAGGCUACUGAAAGGUUAAAACCACACUUUGUUAUUUUGACUCUUUUUUAAUUGGAGGGGACUUUAUGUCUCUAAACUCGUGUGCCUCACCUAGUUGCUGAAUGAAGCAAACUUCACUCAAAUCAUGAUCUGAAUCAUGCACGCACCUCCUGCCAUUGACAGCAUCCAGCUGGGAUGUCAGUAGGUAUUUCCUCACUGCUGUCAUAUUAUUUACACAGCAAACAUUGAAAACAGGGUUUCCAACGUGGAGCUGCUCCCAAAUCUGCACCUUUUUAUACUUUUGAAACAUAAGGGUCUAUGGGAAAAAAGAGUCACAGGUGUGUAUAUAUAUACAAGUAUGCGUUUUAACAGGUAUAAUCCAAUCUCAAAUCCACUUUCAGCCACUUCCAAGUGCAAGUUAAUAACUAAUCCUCUGAAGCCACAUGUGCUAAGAAUUGAGUGAAACUAUAUUGUGUCAAACAAGACACGGUGCAACUUUCUACAGAACACAGAGAUUGUUGUGGGUCACAAUUAACUGUAAAAUUAUAGAACUUAGCUGUGUGGCUGAGAUCUGAAUCACAUAAUCAGUGCUUGUAAUAAUGACGCAAAUGUUGACCUUUAAUUGAACUAAAACUUACUAUGAUUUGCUUUUCUCAGAAAUACAUGGUGACAGCCUGUAUUAAAACAGAAACACUGGAAUACUGUUCGGUGUAAGCAAUCUGUGGCAACUUAAUGUAAUCAAACCAAGCCUCUCUGAGUAAACUUUUAAGACUGUGAAGCAUCAGUGAUUUGGUUUACAUAAUUAUUGUAUUAGCUUUUUUAAUUUAUAAUUCAGAAUCAAUAAGCAUGGUAAAAAAGUGAUACUUUUUUUACCUAAAACUUUAAACUGAGGCCCUAGUCAAUAUGAAACUGAGGCCCUAGUUAAUAGCAGGAGUAGGUGAAUAGGAAUACUGCGCUAUGUUCCAGCUCCAUGACCCUUCUGUCAGCAUUUAGAGACAAUGAAUCUGGAGAUGAUUCUGACACCAAAGGGGUUUGUAUAGAAGCACUUGUUGCCAUUGCACACUCGUGGUAUCCCUACCUCACUGCUCGGGGAAAAUAGCAAAAAAAGUAAAAAGACAAAAAAAACAAAAACAACAACAAACAACAGAACAAUCCAACUAAAAUGGCACCCACUCAAUCUGAUUUCCAUGCUAGCUUCAAUCAUCCUCCUAAACCCUCUCCCAACUUUAGAUUAUGCACUUUCACCCUCUUAUUUGACAAAAGUAAUGGGGUACCUUUCACAAAUGUAAGCAUAUUGUAUUUAUUUCAGAGGACCUAGAAAAAUGUUGUUGGUUUUUAUGAGAAUCUGUGGUUGUUGUUGAAGUACCAAAAUGUAUUUGCACAGAGAAAUGUUCUUUAUGUGCUGUUUUACAUACAUAAACACAUUUCAGUAAUAAAGGAAACGUGAAUACCCAUA